UCCAUUUCUUCAUCGGUUCUUCUCCAUGCUUGCUUUAGUUAUCAGUUUUCCCAUCUCACCGUCAGAAUUUAUAAACCUCAACCAAAAAAAAAUACACGGUGUUUUCUCUCUAUGGCGUCUUCUUUCGCAAAGCCUCUGCUAAUUCUGUCAGCUUUACUGCUUUCCCUCCUAAUCUCACCUUCACAAUCAGCAACCUGUUCCUCACAGACACUCUCCAAUAACAAAUUAUACGCCCACUGCAACGAUUUGCCUUCUCUGGAUUCUUACCUCCAUUAUUCCUAUGAUCCCGUCCAGUCCACUUUAUCCGUGGCCUUCAUCGCUCCUCCCGCUAAACCCAACGGUUGGAUUGCAUGGGCUAUUAAUCCCACCGGCUCCGGCAUGAUUGGGGCCCAAUCCUUAAUCGCAUUCAGAAACUCCGCCGGUCAAAUGACCGUUAAGACCUAUAACAUAACCUCCUACGCGCCCCCAAUUAAGGAGUCUAAGGUCUGGUUUUCCGUGAAGGACGCCACAGCGGAGUACUCCGGCAAUGUUAUCCGGCUGUUUGCCACGCUGGUCUUGCCGGAGAAGGCAAACACGUCUUUGAAUCAUGUGUGGCAGGUGGGCGCGUCAGUUACCAACGGCGUUCCGGAUAAGCAUGAUUUCUCGCCGGCAAAUUUGAAUGCCAAGGGAAGCUUGGAUUUGCUGAGCGGGCAGAGUAGUAGCGGUGGCUCUUCUUCCUCUUCAGAUUCGAGGGUCAAAAGGAAAAAUAUUCAUGGAAUCCUGAAUGUUGUCAGUUGGGGACUAUUGUUUCCUAUCGGUAUCAUCAUAGCAAGGUACUUGAGAACAUUUCCUUCUGCAGACCCCCUGUGGUUUUAUCUUCAUGCUUCUUGCCAGUUAUCAGCCUAUGUGAUUGGGGUUGCCGGUUGGGGCACCGGUUUGAAGCUUGGAAGUGAAUCUAAGGGUUUUCAGUACACUGGUCAUCGGAAUAUUGGGAUCGCACUCUUCGCGCUUGCCACGGUGCAGAUAUUCGCAUUAUUCCUGAGGCCUCAAAAGGACCACAAGUACCGCUUCUACUGGAAUAUUUAUCACCACGGACUUGGCUAUGCAAUCCUGGUGCUCAGCAUCGUGAACGUCUUUAAAGGCAUAGAUAUUCUAAAUCCUGCGAAGAAGUGGAAACAUGCAUACAUCACCGUGCUCAUUGCGUUGGCGGUGAUCGCUGUGUUGUUGGAAGCAAUCACUUGGGUGGUGGUCAUGCGGAGGAAAUCAAACAAGUCCACAAAACCAUACGACGGUUUCAGCGACGGGCAGGGGAGGCAGCUACCUCUAUCCUCCUAAAUAUCUGGCCACAACAUUUUCAGAAGUGGUUCUGAUAAUCAUCAUCGCUAGUCCUCCUCGUGAGAUGAGGCAAAAUUUUCAUCUGUCGGAGACUUCUGAUCGGUGUCCCUUUUUCACCUGAUGUACAUUUGCUUGAACCGCACAAGUACUAGCAUAGUAUAUAUAUAGUAAGUUUUAGUACAACAUGAAUGAUUGCAGGUGAACGCGGAGUCCCCUCCCCUAGUUGUAAUAUUAUUGAGUCCCCUAGUCUGUCUCCUCCCCUUGUGAGAGUUCUUGGGGUGCAUGAUAAUGCCAUUUUCGCGUCCGCAGCGAAUUGGAUCCGCUGCAUGCAACAUAUAUGAUUUCCAUGAAAACAGACGUACGCCAUCUUAGCGGCUGCAACGCUUAUACCAUGUUUUAUAUGAUUGGGUUUGCUACAUUAAACAA